CCUGUGGCCGUGCUGGCCAUCUUCCAGGAGGUCGGCGUCAACAAGGACCUCUACUUCCUCGUGUUCGGGGAGAGUCUGCUGAACGACGCUGUCACGGUGGUGCUCUACAACGCGAUGGUGGCAUUCGCCGGUCAGGAUGGCGAGGUCAUCACCUACGACCAGCUACUGCUAGCCGUGGCCGCCUUUUUCUGCGUGUCGCUGGGCGGCCUGACCAUCGGCAUCAUCUUCGGCGUGCUCACCGCCAUCAUCACCAAGCACACGUCCGAGCUCCCCGUGGUGGAGCCGCUAUCUCUGCUGGCACUGUCGUACCUGGCCUACCUCUCAGCGGAGCUGGUCCACUUCUCCGGCAUCAUAGCCACUGUCGGCUGUGGAGUGGUUCAAGCACACUAUGCCACCAAGAACAUCUCGAAGAACUCAUACAUUACCAUCAAGUAUUUCGUCAGCAUGGCUAGCUCCACUAGCGACACCAUCAUCUUCAUGUUCCUGGGGAUGGUGCUCAUCAGUGACGACCACCGCUGGCACACGGGCUUCUGCCUCUGGACCCUGGUGCUGUGCCUCGUCUUCCGAUUCAUUGGCGUGUACCUCCUCACAGCGCUGGCGAACCGAAACCGGAUGAACCGCAUCGGUCGGAAGGAGCAGUUCAUCAUGGCGUACGGAGGCCUGCGCGGCGCCGUCGGCUUCUCGCUGGUGGUCAUGCUGGGCGAUGACGUCAUAGACAAGGAGACGGCCCAGGUGUUCGUCACCUGCACACUCUUCAUCGUCCUCUUCACCGUGUUCGUGCAGGGGUCUACCAUCAAAGUUCUCGUCAACAUAUUCCGCAUCAAACUGGACGAGAACGAGGAGAAAACCUUGGCGGAGGAGAUUGUAACGUCUUCGCUUGACCACAUUGCCGAGGGCAUUGAAGAAAUUGUCGGCUUUGGAGGCUUGAAUCGAUUGAAGGAGCGGCUGGAAACGUUUGACGAGAACUACCUGACGCCGUGGCUGGUGCACACGGCACCAAUGUCGGCUCUGGCGCGGCUCUACGACAAGCUGGUGCUGGACGAACACUACGCCAACCUGUACGGCCCGGCCGCCGUGCUGGAGACGCAGAAGGACUACGACACCAACUCCGUAGUGUCCUCGCUGCCUGCGUACCCCUCGCUUGGCCACAGAGACCGAGCGGGCUCUAUUUUGCCGGAGGAUCUGCCUCUGGAGAUCGAGCCAGGCUGGAUGAGGCGCAAGUCCAUGUUGAGCUCGCACAACGUCAACAUCGCCCGCCGGCUGUCGUCUGCCGCCAACCUGCCGCUGCCAGAGGACGAGCUGAACUGGCUGCGUCGGAUCUCGACCGCCUCGCCGGAGCUACCGAUGGCGCGCCCGUCGCUGAGCGACGCCCGCCGGCCGUCGCUGCUGCCGCACGACGGGCGCCGCUCCUCGACGCUGCCCUCCGACGGCAGGCUGGAGAUCAUGGAUGAGGAGGUGGGCGGGCGGCGUCGACUCUGUCUUCCUGCGGCCGACAUCACCGAGCCAGGAGCGACGCCCAGCUGUUGCGACACGCCAUUCGAGACAACCCCUUCAAACAAGCUACACUUCCGCUACAACCCGAACCUGAUCGACGAGGAGGACCAAGAGAUGGAGUCGCACCUGCGGCGGCGGCGCAUGAACGCGCGCCGCAUGUCCCAGAUGGUGAUGCUGCCGCCGACGGCGCAGACCAUGCUGGCCGGGCUGGCCGAGCAGGGCGAGAGCUCCGCGCAGGAUUCGCCGCUCUCGCGGGCGAGCACGCGCCGUCAGUCGCACCGCAUCCGCCGCUCGCUGAAGGAGACGCCGCCGGCGCGCAGCCGCAGCAACUCACUCCAGCCCUCGCAUCUUCAGAACGGUAACCAGCCGCCAGCCUUCGGAACGACCGCCCACAAGGCCUGGGUGGCCCCGUCGUUUGGCGGCGGCUCCUCAUCGGCAGAGCCGGCGCGCGACGCUGAGCGCGGCGGCCACACCAACCCCACAUUCGUCAUCACCGAGGAGUCAGACUUCGAGUCGGAGACGGCCACGCCGCCGGUCUCGGAGGUGUCGUCGGGCCGGCGGACGGGCGCCUCCAGCCCGCGGCGCUCCUCCGCCGAAUCUCGCGGCUCGCCGACCGCGCACGACCGUCGCCGCGCGCCGGCAUCGACGCAUAUGUCGCCAGCCACGUCACCGGGCAGCGGUCGGAGCUCGCCAGAUUCGACCGUCUCGGCGCCGCUGCCGCUGCGGCCGGUGCCGACCAUCUCGGUCACGGCGGACGAAGAGGAGCCGGCGUCGUCGGCCGUGACGGAGGAGAGUCCGCCCGACGACACGCCAGAGGUCUGCGUCAGUAAACUCUGA